AUGGAGGCGGCGGUAGCAGAAUUGUCCGCCUCCAUCGCCAACAAUUCUGCUACCGCCGCCUCCAUCGCUGCCGCCGGUGCCGCCGGAGCAGGCGGUGCCGGGAUUAUAAUCUCCACUCAUGGAGAGGAGGAAAAGUCCAACACCGACUCCUACAAGACUCAUAGAGUAGACCUGAAACUUGUUCCUGUGGGAUUGGAAGGAAGUGCAUUUCAUAGCAAAUUUGUUGAUGCAGAUGAGCUUAUGAGCUACUGCAGUUGGUUUGCGACCUUCAAACAUAUGGUUCCUAAGUGGAUUCGGCAAACAAAAGUUGCGAGGCAGAUUAGCCGAAUGCUGGUGAAUCAUCUGGGGCUGACACUGACUGAGGAGGACAUGCAGAAUGUUGUUGAUCUAAUGGAACCAUAUGGUCAAAUAACCAAUGGAGUUGAACUUCUUAAUCGUCCACUUGAUUGGACAGAGGGAAACAAGUUCCCCCAUGCUGUUUGGGCAGCUGGUCCUGGCCUUAUAGCUCUUUUACUACCUAACUUUGAUGUGGUUGACAAUUUUUGGCUUGAACCAUCUUCGUGGCAGGGAAUUGGCUGUACCAAGAUCACCAAGGCACGGAGUGAAGGAUCUGUUAAUGCUAACUCAGAGUCAAGAUCAUACCUUGAAAAGAAGCUUGUAUUUUGCUUUGGUUUGUAUGUCACUUCACAGCUUCUACUUCCUUUUGGGGAAGAGAAUUUUCUCUCUUCUUCUGAACUGAAGCGAGCUCAAGAGAUAGCGACAAGGAUGGUCAUUCAGUACGGUUGGGGGCCUGAUGACAGUCCUGCAAUUUACUAUCACAGUAAUGCGGUUACAGCUUUGAGCAUGGGGAACAACCAUGAAUAUGAGAUUGCAGCUAAAGUUGAAAAGAUGUAUGAUUUGGCUUAUUACAAAGCAAAGGAAAUGUUACAGAAAAAUCGUUGAGUUCUCGAAAAGAUUGUCGACGAGUUGCUGGAGUUUGAAAUCUUGACUGGAAAGGACUUGGAAAGGAUGCUUGAAGAAAAUGGUGGAAUGCGGGAGAAAGGGCCAUUUUCCCUCGUUCAACUUUUUAAUGGACAGGCUGAUGGCUGGAUAGUGGAAAAGAUCAGUCUACUGGCCAGCCCCAAUCAAAAGCGUCCGGCUAGGUUUUGGGGUGUCUACACCAAACUGAAAAUAUUCAACAUGACUAGCUAUAACAAAGUUGUAUACUUGGACGCAGAUACUAUUGUGGUUAAAAGUAUGGAGGAUCUGUUUAAAUGCGUGAAAUUCUGUGCUAACUUGAAGCAUUCAGAGAGGCUUAAUUCUGGAGUCAUGGUAGUGGAACCUUCUGAGACUGUUUUUAGUGACAUGAUGGGCAAAGUGCAAACCCUGUAUUCUUACACUGGAGGGUUUUGUAAAUUUGUACUAUAGCGACUUUGCCAAUGCACAUCUUUUCGAUGGAGCAUACGCAUAUUCUGGUGUUUCUAAUGGAGCAUACGAUGAUAUUGCUACCUGCUGUUACUGGUCGGGCAUGGCAUUUUUGGCAAUGGUGGCCCCAGCCUUGCCAUGCAUUUUCGGGAUUACUGCUCUUUUCGCGAGGUAAUUCUUUUGGUUUGAUUCUCAAAAUGCCCCAAUUCUCUUUACUAAUUUAAAUUACACCAAGUUUCAUGCUGAUCUGUUGCUUCCUAUAUCAUUUGGGAUCAGAAAUUUGAUUGCUUAUGAUGUUUCUUUUAUGUUCUUUGCUAUUUCCUUGCUAUGACGCUUGAGUGAGGAUUGCAAAAACAACAAAUUCGUGCAUGCUUUGCGUCCUUCAACGGGUUGGGUUUGAUGGUUGGUGGAGGCCUUAUAUUGGCAUCUUUCAUGACCUAUUCUUUGGAGCACCUUGCUAUCAUAUCGUUCAUUAGAGGCUUUGAAGCGCGAGAUUUGAGCCGGUAGCAGAAGCAUGUGUUUAUUAUGUUGACAGGCAGCACCAUCUCCACGUGUAAUUCUUUCUUCCUUCUCUGUUGUAACUUAUCACAUAGGCUACCCAAUGAUUGAUGUGUAAAUUAUUGAGGAAUCUUGGCCAGCUUAGAAGUUCUCCUCUUUCAAACAAGAGUGUCUAAACUGUAACAUGCCUUCAUGGAAUGGGAAUCCAAUUUUUGCUUCAGAUUUCAAA